GGCCACUCAACGAUCUGAUGAUUGUUAAGUAAUUAAGGUCGGGCUAUCCAAAACAAAAAAUGACAACAACAAAGUCAACCGUGACUACGUUUACAUGCAGUCAAUAACCCUUUUAAAACUCAAAUAUUGGCAGUAUUUGUGUUUUUAAAGGUCAUGUUAACCCGCGCAAAAAUGUAAUCUGACUCGAGAUGGGCACGGAAAAUCCUCCUGGAUCCACCGCACCCUGCCCACCACCUCUUCCAGCUACUCCCCUCAGGCAGACGCUACAGAUCCAUGCGCACCAAAUCCAGUAGACACUUAAACAGCUUCUUCCCUCUAGCCAUUAACUCCUUAAACAGUCACUGACGUAGUCACUCUUCUUGUACUACAAAACGGUACUACAAAACUAGUGGUUACUCUAAAAUAGUUCAAUGAUUUUGUUGUUUACGAUGAUACUAAUGCAGCGUGUUAUACCGGAGACAAAUUCCUUGUGUGUUCUACAUACUUGGCCAAUAAAGAUGAUUCUGAUUCUGAUAUUUAAAAAACCCGAAUAAGACCCCUGGGUUACCCCUUUUCUAACUUAACUAUUUGUUCAUCUAAACGCGAUCGAGCUACUUUUGGAGUAGGAGCUUUUGGAGCGCGGAGGAAACGACCAGUGACAUGAAUACAACGCGUUUUAUUGAGUAAAAAUUAAGAAGCGGAAACAACGUCGAGCUGACGGCGUCCCCGUUUAUAUCGGGAUAUUCAAAUCCGGGUUAACUGUCUCUGCUCACGCAUGUAAACGGGUGUUACUCUAAACAUUUCACAAACUGGAAUUGUGACCUCAAACCGAAUAUUGACUGCUUGUGAAUGUAAUAACUGUUGGGGAAAAAAAGACGAAAAAAAAAGCCCCAAGGAGAAGAUUCCUCUUCCGAAUAAUAAGAAGUACUUUACCCGCUCCAAUCUCCAGGGCGCACUUCUUGCUACAUGCCGCUUUUCUCCUCGGCGGCUCCCGGAAAGCUAAUCUCAAUUUGUUUCACUGCGAUAUCGCGCCACCGCUCCAAUGUGGGAGCGGCCCCCAUUCUUUCCGGGGUUUGUCCUUGCCGCCUGCCAGCCUCGUCGCUCUUGCUCCCUCGCUCUCGUUUUGGCCGACUUAGUGUGUCGCUCCGUAGGCGGCGCGCGGGUACUAAGCCGCCCCGCUCUCCAACCCCACCCCUCAGUGAUCCCGGCAAGCAGAAAUCGACUGCAAAAAGUCUCAUUUUCUUUGGUGAGGGGGUAGGGGAGGGGAUAAAAUUUGAGGCAAUGAAUCCUUCAAAAGGGGCGGCCGGGUAGUCCAGUGGGUUAGCACGUCGGCUUCACAGUGCAGAGGUACCGGGUUCGAUUCCAGCUCCGGCCUCCCUGUGUGGAGUUUGCAUGUUCUCCCCGGGCCUGCGUGGGUUUUCUCCGGGUACUCCGGUUUCCUCCCAUAUUCCAAAAACACGCACGGCAGGCUGAUAGAACACUCUAAAUUGUCCCGAGGUGUGGGUGUGAGCGCGGAUGGUUGUUCGUCUCUGUGCGCCCUGCGAUUGGCUGGCAAAAGGUUCAGGGUGUCCCCCGCCUACUGCUCGAAAACACCCAAGAUAUGCUCCGGCAUGUUCCGUGACUUAUGACGAUAAAGCGGUUCAGAAAAUGGAUGGGUGGAUUGAGUAAGCUAGCUUUACAGUCAGUAUUUUGUUAUGAAUCCUCUUUUGUAUGAAAAUGCUUUUAAAUAUCGUACUUUUGAUGAUACGAAGCACACCGACUUAAUGAGCGUAUGAAACCAUGUCAAUAAAACGACCUUGCCUUGCCUUGCCGUUACCUGUUGCUUUGGCAUGCCCACGAGCAUCUGCGAAUGCCUUAGCGGGAAAAGAAAACCCAAAACGAUUGUGUUGGGAAAUGCAGGCUCACGGUGGGAUUGACAGGGACACCCUUUUCGGGCUUUUUAGAGUGACAGAGAGAGCGAGAGAGAAAGAGAGAGGUGGGAAGUUCCGUCUCUCGGUCUGAAAGGCACCGUUUCUUCUGCUCAUUAACCACAUCCACCCCGAAGCAGAUCAGACUUCUCCAGUCCACUGUCUAUCGUGCAUACCUGCCAGCUAGCGCCUCCCUCUGCUACCGCACCUCCCUCUCCCCCCAUCCCCCUUUCUCUCUCCCUCUCGCUCUCUCUCCCCGCGUCUCAUUCCACUCAUUCAUCCCUCGUUCUGCCAGCUGCAAGGCAGCGAGCGCAGCUGAAGGACACGGAAAGCUCGAUCCGACAAUGGGGGCGUAGAUAACCCUCAGCGCUCUUCUUCUCAAGCCCUUCCUUUGGCUUCCACUCUUUGAAUGUCACCUCUGGAAGAACGCUCGAAUGGAGCGCUCGCUCCACGUCCGCUCACUUGCCCGCUCAGGAACGCAGGACGGCAUGUAGGACUCGGAAAGAGGGAGUAAGUCAGGUAGCUUCCUCGUUUCGAACUGAUACCUCAGGUCUGAUCAGCUUGUGCACUUCUCGGACCGACGCCGUCAACGUGUCCGAACGGUGACAGGAGGACCGUUGACAGUCAGUCUUGAAAGAUUACGCGAUUGGUUCAAAUGUUGGAGUCAAAGUUCGGCGCCGCUGAAGGAGACAGGGGCUGGAUUGAAGUGGAACUGAUGUAUUUUGUUGGUUAAGAACAUGAACCAUCCAAACAAAAGAACUCAAGCAAAUCCAUUCGGGACUCACCAGAUUGGAAUCUUCAACAAGCUCCCGAUUCAGCUGAGCGGUUUUUGAGAGCACACCCCUUCUUCUUUGCCUUCCGUCCAUUUUCCUUCAGCUCAUCGGCCCAAGACAACCGCAGCGCUGUUCCGUCACCCUGGGUGAACGGGCAGGGGGGUGGCCCGCGGUACCCCCCAAGAUCUGGGCGCCAGUGUGCCGCCGGCAGGGCCCGAGCUGGCAAGAUGGCCGCCCUUGCCAGCUCCCUCAUUCGGCAGCGUCGGGAGGUCAAGGACCCCCAGACCAACUGCCAGAUCGCCAGCAAGCGAAAGCCGUGCCCCAAAAGCAACAAGUCGCUCUGCCAGAAGCAAAUCCUCAUUUUGAUAUCCAAGGUCCGAUUAUGCGGCAGUCGCGGGAGAAAAAUGGAAAAAAGACCAGAGCCGCAGCUGAAGGGCAUCGUCACGCGGCUGUACUGCCGCCACGGCUUCUACCUUCAAAUGCUGCCGGACGGCACCAUGGAAGGCACAAAGGACGAAGGCAGCUCCUUCUUGCAGUUCAACUUGAUUCCUGUGGGCCUCCGCAUCGUGGCGAUCCAGAGCACCAAGACGGGGCUCUACGUGGCCAUGAACAGCGAGGGCUACCUCUACACUUCGGAGCACUUCACGCCAGAAUGCAAGUUCAAAGAGUGCGUGUUUGACUACUACGUCACCUACUCGUCCAUCCUGUACAGACAGACGCAGUCGGGCCGGGCCUGGUACAUCGGCAUCAACCGGGACGGCCAGGUCAUGAAGGGAAACCGCGUCAAGAAGACGAAGGCGCCUGCACAUUUUCUACCCAAACUCAUUGAAGUGGCCAUGUACAGGGAGCCGUCCCUCCAUGACGUCGCUGAACAGAGUCCGCCUCGGAAAACGCCCAAGACCUCCAGUGACUCGCCUGUGCACCAGAACGGCAAGAAAGACCCUCAAAGCAAAACCAAAACCUUGUCGUCCUAGCGCUGUGACAAACGGGGCUGGGAUGAGGAUGGACCCCUGGAGGACGCCCGAACAGGGUUGGAAACUGCAGAGAACAUCCUCCGCAUCUACCUUCACGUCCUUACCUCUGUGCGAGUAUAAUUUGGGAAGCAAUAACUCCAUUAAGAGGUGUGGCCUUCUUGCCAAGAAGCACUGUGGGG